CCCAGUCAGACUGCCUACGGAAAUGUACAGCCUGUGGUACAGUCAGUGUAAAUUAGCUUAGUGAGAUGACAGCAGGCAACACAGACCUUCACUGGCUUCCAUUGAUCUGAAGCUGAUCGUUGUUUCCGAUACUUUCCGGAUAAGAAUGUCACGAGUCUACGAUUUAUAAGCAAGUAGAAGCUAUUAGCGUAAACGCUAACAUUGGUUAACUAAACGCUGCAGCUUUGCAACUUGUGCAGCUAGCUAACGUUACUGAAUGGCCAACUGAGUCACUUGUGAUGGUCUGGACUUUAUAACAACGAAGGAGAAGCUGAGAUGGAAGACUGCAAUGAGGAGGACCUUAUAGAAACACCUGAGCUGCCUCUGGAGAUCAUAGUUUACAUCCUGAGCUUUCUUCACGCUUCAGACAGGAAGGAUGCCUCGCUGGUCUGCCGCACCUGGUACUAUGCCAGUCAGGACUCAAACUUUCAGAAGAAUGUCACCUUCUGCUUCCCGGCUUCAGCCUCGUCCCUGGAGCUGAUCAGGGGUCUGGGCGGAAAGUCACGCUGCAGUCUGAUUAUCAAGCAGCUCGAUGGCUUCAGCAUGUCCAGAUCACUGCUUCUGGAGGUGGGUCUGUGCUUGGGCUCUAAGUUGCAGAGCUUGGCCCUGCCUGGUAGCAGUAUGACAGAGGCCUCUCUGCUGGCCCUCCUCCCUCGCCUCACCUCCCUCCGUAGGCUGGACCUCCGGGGGCUGGACAGCCUCUUCAUGUCUGGGGCUUUCCUCUCCAGGGAGGAGCACAGACAGCAGGUCAGGUCCGCUCUGUUGGGUCUGGAGGAGCUAGACUUGUCUGAUCUGCGCUACCUCUCCGAUCUCACCUUCAAUCGGCUCACCGGCUGUACCCCGCGCCUCCGCCGCCUCUCGCUGGCCGGAUGCCAUAUCGCCUUUGAGUUCGACCCAUAUCGAGGGUGCCCUGUGGGAGCAGUUAAGGCUUCGUCAGCUUUGCUGUCACUGAGGAACUUGCGAAGGUUGUUAUCAGAGCAGAACUCCACCAUCGUAGCUCUGGACCUCAGCAGAACCUCCAUCACCCCUGAGUCACUACGCACUAUUGCACAGGUUCAAGAUUUGGUCUUAGAGGAACUGUGUCUGCACGGCUGUAAGGAGCUCACCGACUACUCAAUAGAGGUUCUGAUGAAGCACCAGCCGAGCCUGCAGAGACUGGACAUCAGUGCCUGCACUGAGCUGACCAGCAGGUCUGUCAAGGCCGUAGCACAGGGCCUGAAGUCACUGACACGGCUCUCCUUGUCCCGCAAUUGGAGGAUCACUGAAAAAGGCCUCGCUGACCUUCUGUCUGUGUCGUCCCUGAAGAGUCUGGACCUGUCUGAGUGUCUGCACGUCAGCGGAACAGAGAUAGUGAAAGGCUUGACGGGAUGCACCGCUGCACGAGCACAGCUGGAGACACUCAGCCUCAAGAGCUGCACCUACAUUAGGGAUCUUGCAGUUUUCUCUCUCACGCAGCUUCUUGGGGAUACUCUCCGGGAGCUAGACUUGACGUUAUGUGUUAACGUGACUGACCUGUCAGUGCACGCUAUAGCCACAUACCUGCAGAGGCUGGUAGUUCUGCGGCUCGGCUGCUGUAAAGAAGUCACAGACUGGGGUCUGCUGGGGAUUGUGGAAACCACCAAAAGUGAACCUGACGAGGAGACGGUAGACAAGGGUCCCAGGUUCACCCGGACCUUUGGCAACAUGGGCUUCUUCAAGCCUCCUCGUUUGCCGUUUGAGGAGCGACCCAAGCUGGUGACGCAGAAUGACCUGCAGCAGUUCAAACAGCAGGCUGGAGCUUCACUUUUAGCUCUCAACAGGCUGCAGGAGCUGGACCUCUCUGCUUGCCCCAAACUCACCGACAGCAGCAUAACACAGGUGGUGCAUUACCCAGACCUUCGCCGCCUGUCUCUCUCCAUGCUGCCGGACAUCACUGACGCCAGCUUGGCGUCGGUAGGCUGGCACUGCCGCAGCCUCACCAGCCUGGCACUCAACCACUGCCCGGGCAUCAGUGACCGUGGCGUGGCACAGGCUGCACCGUACCUACACAGGCUGCAGCAUCUCUACCUCUCCUGUUGCAAUAACAUCACUGACAGAUCCUUGUUCCUCCUGGUGCAGCACUGUGACCGUCUGCAAACACUCGACGUCUCACAGUGCAAAAAUAUCUCAUUAACAACCGUGGACCUCCUCCAAUCACAGCUGCCCUUCUUGGAAAAUGUCCAUUACAAAUUCAUAGGUGGGGCAGAUUUUUCCUUUACACUCUGACUGACUGAAUGUCCUGCUGGUCCUUUUCUAUUAAAAAAUGACUGACCAAAGCCUGCUCCAUGAGUUUUGCACACUCCAGCACUUUGCACAAGAACUGAAGGAAAAUGUUGAAACGUUGUCAGUUUACAGUUUAUACCGGUCACCAGUAGGUCACCCUGUAAGUGAUUUUAUAAAAGUCCCUUCACUGUGAGACAGGUACUACUUGUAUGAAACUAAUGUGGCACAACUUCUGCCUGUAUUGUUAACAUUUCAUGUUUGCUCAUGCUGAAAGUCAAACAACCAGACGGGGAAGACGUUACAGGUCUUUCAGACAAAACUGACUCAAAACACGUGCACCAUAAACAUAAUAUUCAAAGAUCAUUAACUGUCGAUUCCAAGGACAAAAGGUUUAGAAGUAAAGUUUAUGUUCAGUGUAUGUGGUGCACCAUCACUGAGGGCACAGAUCUCCUCUACACAUGUGUACAAGAGAAACAGCUGGCACUGUAAGAAGAGCAUCUUCUCAUAGUAUCUCAUUAUAAUGAGAAUUGUUGUCUUGGACAUUUAUUUGUAGGAGGUAAUAUGUCGCGCGAACGAGAGAGUUAGUUUGUUGUUUUAAUUGUAGAACAAGAUGUUUUUAUCUACGUUGAAGCGUUAACAGUAUCUCAGAAAAGACUUGCACAGCUUCAGCAGAACAAGUGAAGGAAAGAAGUCCCAUGAUAAAAUAUAAGAGAUUUUUAUAGAAUAAUUAUAUUAUAUAUUUUUUAUGUGACAACAAUGGAAAGAUAAGCUGUAGACUAUAUUCUUACAUUUUACAAUGUUUCUUAACAUGAGUACAUUCCUGUUGUUUUGAGCAGUAAAAGAAGGUAAGACUGAGUUGAGAUGCUCACACUGAAGCUUUGGUGACAGUGCUUUUCAUUUCUUGAUAAAACAUUUUUUAACAUCAAAACAGGAGAAAUAUUUGUUCUUACAAUGAUGGUUCCAUGUUGCUAAAGUACAAGUACAGAUGGAAAUGAAGUCAAAUAGUUAAACUUCAGCCUAUCACUCUGAGGCAAAGGGACAGAAGAUGGAGACUUCAUUCAAUUAGCGGUUUAUAUUUUCCAAGAGUUCUCUGAAAACUGCCUGUGUUAUCCAAUGUGAUCAACAUGUAGUCAGAUUGAGUCUCAAAUGAUAAGGAAUUUAUUGAAAGGUAGUAAUAUCCCACAAAUUGCAGACAUCACGUCACAACAUUUUUUUCAAUUCAAAUUUGUGGACAUACGACAAGCUUCCCAUAAUAGUACAAACUGUGGUGUUGAACUAACUAUAAUCCAUCCCUUGAUACUGUAUGUGCAUUGUAGAAUAAUGUUGUACUGCUGUUACAUUGUAUGCUGCACGAUGCCAGAGGGAGAAUUAUAGACUGUAAAGGUGAAAAAUCAAGGAUAUAAGAUGCUGACUUUUAAAAAAUAAAUAAACCGCAGAGAAGUCAAACCUUGGCUACUCUGUAAAACACACACACACACACACACUUGUUUCUUUCUCAUUAUAAAUCAAACUGUUUAUUCGUGUGAAUUGAUUCAAAGUGGAUAUUUAUCACAAAGUGUCAGGAAUGCAGUGCAGAGGACAGUCGUGACUGACGUUAUUCUGCAGAUCUGUGUCAGUUAUUGAGCAGCGACUGAGUGCUUGGUGAGUGAGAGUGUAGCACAUUGGGACUGAGCACGUCACCCCCAUCAUAUUAUAAUCACUACAUUGUAUGAAAUCAAUUCAUUUUAAAAUCAAUUCAAGAUCUUAUCCAAGACAGUCGAGAAAAUAAAAUGAUGAUCACUGAUUGCAUUUGUGCUAGUUAGAUAGAAAACUGUUGAUUAUGCCAAAUGUACAACUGUAAAAAAACAAGUCAGCUUGGUACCUAAUAAAAGUCGUACAGAGCAUCUCUGCUGCACAGUAUAGAGCCGCUGGGAUCUGUACCAAGGCCAGUACCUAUGUCAUGUAUAUUUC